AUGGGGGCGGAAGAGCAGCUGAGUGCGGAAAAACUUGGAAGAUUCACGACCCCCUGCUACCCGCACUACCACCCCUCGCCCUCGCCCUCCGUCUCCCUCUCCCUCUCCUCGCUCUCCUCCACCAAGCCCCAGCACCACCCCCACCCCCCGGAGACCCCCGAGCCGCCCGCCUACAAGCCCCCCUUCUACCACUCUCCCAGGCCCUUCCGCCGCCUCCACCUCUUCAAGGCCCGCAUCCCCCACCUCGGCCUCCUCGCCGCCGUCUUCGCCCUCGGCUAUCUCCUCGGCGCACGCCCCGCCGCCCACCAGCCACGCAUCCCCUCCCCCCACCACCUCGCACGCUUCGUCCUCCGCAAGCCCGCCAUCCCCUUCCUCGUCCCCCUCGCCCCCCCCACCCCCCCACAGGACCCCCGCCACCCCCUCCAGCUCGCCCGCCCCAAACACAAGAUCCCCUCGAUCAUCCACUAUGUCUUCGGCAUGGCCCCCGACUUCGGCGGAAAGCCCUUCGGCUUCAUCCACUACGCCUCCAUCCAGUCCGCCGUCCAGAUCCUCAGACCCAAGGAGAUCCACUUCCACCACCACUACGAGCCCACCGGCUGGUGGUUCGAGCGUGCCCAGGAGAUCGACGGCUUCAAGCUCGUCAAGGAGCGCGACAUCCUCCUUACCCCUCGCGGCGGGUGCAGGCACGAAGACGAUCUGUGGGUCGUCCACAAGACCACCGACUGGGACUUCGACCGCUCCGAGCAAUUCGCCUACCACGCGUGGAGCUCGAUCAGCCACGCCUCCUAUCUGGCCUCGCUCGACCCCGACAGGAUCCACGCCUCCGGCGGGCCCGAGCGCGGCGAGAGCAGCUUCACCUACUUCGUCCGCCGCUUCAUCCACGACUCGAUCCGCGAGCAAUGGCGCACCGCCAAGGCUAACCGCACCCUCGGAAUAUAA